GGUACGGAGAGAGAGAAGGGGGAGAUGGUGGGAGGGGUCUGAUAUGGCAGACGUCACGGCUCGUGUAGGGGAGUAUAGCCCGUGUUGUCAGCCUGGUGUCAGUCUGAUGAAGAUUGGCAUUCAGACGGUCUGGAGGGCUGUGCACCAGGAGACCCACACCAACAUCAGAUGCUCUGAUGCUGAGAACAAGCAAACUGGUCUCCAUGUGAAGCUAUCCCAUGAUGCAACAUGUGUCCCCAGCACCAGCAUUGACCAUGAUGGCUACACAGAGCGUCCCUCCACCGUCAUACCAAGAGAGCCAACAGAUGACAGGCACUACGCAGCAAAACUCAAAGGCCCAGCAUGUCCACAUAUCUGCGGCUUCGGCAGCUGGGGCCGCCCCGGUCAGCGUGACCCUUGACCCCCAAGCCCAACUGGAGUCAGACAAGCGAGCCGUUUACAGACAUCCUCUCUUCCCUCUUCUGGCUCUGCUCUUUGAAAAGUGCGAGCAAGCCACACAGGGAUCAGAAUGCAUCACGUCGGCCAGCUUUGACGUUGACAUUGAGAACUUCGUCCACCAGCAAGAGCAGGAUCACAAGCCCUUCUUCAGUGAGGACCCUGAACUGGACAACCUGAUGGUCAAAGCAAUCCAAGUGUUGCGGAUCCACCUGCUCGAGCUGGAAAAGGUGAACGAGCUCUGUAAAGACUUCUGCAACCGUUACAUCACCUGCCUCAAGACCAAGAUGCACAGCGACAAUCUGCUACGGAACGACUUGGGCGGACCGUAUUCACCGUCACAGACCAGCCUCGGUCUGCAGCAGGAUCUCCUCCAAAACUCAUCUCCGUCCCUCACCUCCGUAUCCAGCACAGUCAACCCCUCCGGGAUCGUGGUCCCUGCCGGCUCGCUCCAACAGAACAAUGUUUCCAUGACCACUAUCAACUCUCAGGUGGUCUCAGGUGGGACGCUGUAUCAGCCAGUGGCAAUGGUUACCUCACAGGGGCAGGUGUUAACCCAGGGCUUACCGCAGGGAACCAUCCAAAUCCAAAACAAUCAGGUGAACCUGGACUUGUCUGCACUCUUGGACGGCGAUGACAAGAAAUCAAAAAACAAAAGAGGCGUUCUUCCCAAACAUGCCACAAACAUCAUGCGUUCCUGGCUGUUCCAGCAUCUCAUGCAUCCUUAUCCCACAGAGGAUGAGAAAAGGCAGAUCGCAGCACAGACAAAUCUUACCUUGUUACAGGUGAACAACUGGUUUAUCAAUGCCCGCAGGCGUAUACUGCAACCCAUGUUGGAUGCCAGUAAUCCUGACCCGGCCCCCAAAGCCAAGAAGAUGAAAUCCCAGCACAGACCCACACAGCGCUUCUGGCCUGACUCCAUUGUAGCCGGAGUCCUGCAGUCACACGGAUCCCACUCCACAAACUCAGACAGCUCGCUGGGAAUGGACGGCCUGCAGCCUCUGUCCUCGGAUUCGGCCACGCUGGCCAUGCAGCAAGCCAUGCUGGGAGGAACGGACGAUUCGAUGGACGGGUCAGAGGAUGAAGAUGAAGAAGAGGAGGAAGAGGAGGGAAUGGAGGAUGAGGAAGAGGAGGAAGAAGAUGAAGAAAGCGAUGGCAUUCGACGGAGAGAUCUGGGGCUCAACCACAACAACGGACUGGAGUUUGCCAGCAUGUCUAUUGCCAACACAGCCGCCCAGGCAAUGCUCUCCGAUGCUCUGCUGAGGGACAGUAAUGGCGACAGACACCUGGAAUUGGAUUUGCCUUUGGAUAAAGUCAUCAAGUUUGUAUCUGUGGGUCUGCCGCUGCUUCUGGUGUCCAUGGCGUUUGCCAGAGAGAUUUCCAUUGGACCACAGAUCAGCUGCUUUCCUCCCAACAACUUCACAGCAAAGCAGGCAGCAUAUGUAGACACAUACUGCUGGGACUCUCUAAUGCACCACGAGUUUGACACAGAUGGAAACUUUGAAGAACGUUCACUGUGGGUGCACAAAAUUUUUCCAUACUCCUUAUUGGUCAUGGCCGUGAUGAUGUACAUACCUACUUUGAUAUGGCGUUUUCUCGCCACGCCCAGCCUGAGCUCUGACCUGCUCUUCAUCAUUGAUGAACUGGACAAAUCUUACAACCGCUCCGUCCGUCUGGCUCAAAACAUUCUGGAGCUUAAAGAAAGAUCUGAUGACCAUUUGCAGUUUCAAGCUGAGCUUGAGAGAGCCAAACGCAUGCGAUACUUUGAGUACCCCCUGCUGGAGAGAUACAUGCAGUGCAAGCACGGCUCCUAUUUCCUGGUCAGCAUGCUUUUCUUGCGAAGUUUCCUUCUGCUGACCUUCAUGUCUGCAUCUUGCCUGUACUUGGUCUACUUCCACCUCUCCGCGUUCCUGCAAGAUGAAUUCAGCUGUUACGUACGCACCGGGCUCCUGCGUGACCAGCCCUGGGUGCCCGAGCUCGUUCAGUGUAAAAUGACUGGCCUGCUUGUGUUCCAGGUCAUUAGCGUGGCUAACGGUGCCGUCUAUGUGCUGCUGGGCCCUAUUGUUCUCUUUAGCCUACUGCGAUUGUUCUGUUGGGACACGACCUUCCUCUCUCUUUACGAGGUGCUGCCUGCGUUAGGCCUCAUCAGCGGGCAGAAACUGGGCUGCCCGCUUAAUGACCUGAACGUGCUGCUGCUCUUCCUACGCGCCAACGUAGCGCAACUGCGUUCGUACGGGCGCCUGAGGGCCGUCUGUUCCCUCGCGCCUCCUCGAGUGAAGGCCGGAAAGCGCUUGAUGACGGAGGAGCAGGCUGAAGAGGCGGCGGAGGCUGUGGAAGAGCUCGAGGAGGAGAUUAGGGAGGCCAGAGAGGAGGGCAAGCUUAAUCUUGUAGACCUCAUGACUGCAUUGGGAGCAGCCAGAGGGAAAGUAGUGCACUGCCCACAGCAGCACCCCCUUGUGGAGGAAGAUAUGACGCUCGAGCCAAACCACCAUGGGUACCAUGAGUUGCAGGAGACUACAACAUGUUGUUUUGCCUAAAGCACCAACCAAUGGACUGGGCCUGUAGGAAACUAAAGGCCUUGUAGAACAGCUAAAUCUAUGAGAUGAAUAAUGAUGAAGAUAGCGAUAGUGUACUCUUUAAAAUCACUUUCUUUCAGUCUAGAAUUAAAAUUAAAGCGUAGACUUAAAUCAAUCCCUAUGGGUUUCUGACACCGUACACCUUAGGAAUACAAAAAGCAGAUAUCUGCAUUAUAUUGUAACCUUUUAAAAAGCCUCCAAAGUAGAGUUUCCAUACUGUAUAACUUAAGCAAUUAUCUCUAUUUAUUAUAAUUUUUUUUUUCAUUCUAAUUAUCUAUUGUGGGUGGAUACUAUACUUGGCAUACUCAUUUUACUCAUCUGCCUU